AUGGCCAUGUAUACCACCCAGGAGGAGCUAGAGGCCCUUGUCAACGAUUAUCGUCGCGAUCUCGAACGGAAGGAACUGCUUCGUCGACAAUCCCUCACCGGCCGUCCAUCACUCAUACACCAGCUACCACCGGAAGUCCUUUUGGAGGUUUUCUCGAUUCUUCUCGACAACGACUCAAGAAACAUGGUCUUCCCUUCGCACGUUUGCCGGCUCUGGCGAAGUUUAAUCACGGAGUCGUCCUGGCUGUGGACGUCUAUAACCCUCAGUGACUAUAACGAAGACGGCGAAACCGUUCCGUCCUACCUCAAUACUAUCAUACAACGAGCCAAAACGCGUCGACUCUCGCUUCGGAUCAAUUCUAAUGAACUCCUCAAAGCCGUUCUGAAGGUAGCAGGGAAAGCAGAAUGGUGCUCGAUAUCCUACAUAUCGGACGAGAUCGAAGACUUCAUCCCUUUCUUCGAUGGCAGCUUCAAUGUCGCCCACGUCCGGAGACUGUCUCUCUCAAGCAGUAGGCGGGGCACAGGGAUUUUCGAAUUGGAUCUGCUAGGCGGAGUGGUCGACAUGCACCCAUUCAAGCAACUGAAGUCGCUAACCCUCGACUUUCCUCAGGAAGUACGCACCAAUAUUUUUUUGGUUCCGUGGCACCAACUCACGGAUCUGGCAAUUACGGCCUACAUGGACUCUCUUCACGGCCUUUCUGUCCUUCGUCACUGCAUCAACCUGAAAAACUGCCAGCUGUGCCUCGAUACCAGCGAGGAUAUCGAGCGCAUAUACCACGAUCGCGUGGAACAGGACCAAAUCCGGCUUCCUAGCCUCGAGCAACUCCAGCUCACGGCUAUUGAAGUACCCUCCCUGGUUCCGUGGAAGCUCCAAUGUCCAACCCUCCAUAAAGCUAUCUUCAACUACGACGAUAAUGAUUGCGAUAACGCAAGCAGCAAACUAUUCUCAUUUAUCAGGAGUUGUGGCACCACACUCCGGAAGUUAUACCUUCCUGGGCUUGUAACCGAUAUCUUCGACGAAAUUCAAGGCGAUCUGCAGGCCCUAGAGGAACUCACCAUAUCGGGUCCGUUUGGGCUCUCAGAAAGCCUCGAACACUCGGUUGAAGAAAAAAGUUACAUUCUCGGUAUUGAAGCUUUUUUCCAGAGUCUGAUCGAUUGCCCGAAAGAUCUUCCCCAGUUGAAGGUUCUACGUCUCCUUGACCAGCGCAUAGAAGAAAAGGUCGCUAUGGAGAGCCAUGUCGUUCGAUUCCUGGAUUUCCGUCUGUCGUAUGAGGAUCAAGUGUCCUCUUUGCAGAAGGUCGUUGUCAGAUUGAACUGGAAGUCGCGUCAACAGCGGAAUGAAAGACGGGGAAAAUGUCGGAAAUGGGCUGAGCAAGGCAUUCAGGUGGAUUUCGAGUAG